CAAAUUUUAGUCCUGUACUUGUCACUAGAAACAAAAGAAACCUAGCUUUGUUUCUUACAGCAGAAGGAGUCUUUGUUCUUGGGGAUAAUGAUGAGACAUUUAAGAUUUCUUCACCCUUAGUGCGCUGA